GAGGCCUUGGUCAUCCCCGGAAUUUGGAGGAGCUCCAAGAAACAAGAGCGGAAAGUCUUGGUCUGAGGUGGUGUCCACAGAUCACAGAGCAGAGGAGGCUCAGGAGUCCAGGCAUCUGAAUCCUCAACACCAAGUGCUUGCUGUCCUUAAGGAUCCUCAGCACAUCCUCCUGAUCAGAAGACACAGCCCAGCCAGCUCAGCCAUGGCCUCCAGUCAGAGGAACCAAUCCAGUGAGCACUGCAUCCCUCAGGAGGAGGAUCUAUGGACCUCCCCAGACAUAGCCGUCCUUCAGUUGCUGUGCCCUCUGUACCAAGAUAAGAAGCUAAUUAAACUGGUGCCUAUCCUGCUCCAAAAGUUUCAAAACAAGACGUCUAUCACCAAGUGGGAAAUGCAGAAUAAUAUAGAACCCCGUCACCGCAGGGAGUUCUCCCCAUUAUUCAAGGCAAUCUGUGAGUGCAUGCGUCUGGCCUUUGGCAUUGAUGUGCAGGAAGUGGAUCACAGUAGGAAAAAAUAUGUCCUUAUGCCCAUCUUAGGCCUCACUUAUGAUGGGAUACUGGGUGAUGAUUUGCAGAGCAUUUCCAAAAUCAACCUUCUGGUAGUCAUCCUUAUCAUCAUCUUAUGGAAGGGAAACCGUAUCAGUGAGGUGGAUUUAAGGGAAUUCCUGAGAAGAAGGGAAAUGUUACCUGAGAGGAAGCGCUUUGUUAUUGGGGAUCCCUGGGACUUCAUCACGAAGGAUUUGGUACAGCUACAAUACUUGGAGUAUAGGCAUGUGCGCUACAGCAAUCCUGCUCAGUACGAGUUCCUGUGGGGUCCAAGGGCCCAUGCUGAAACGAGCAAGAUGAAAGUCCUAGAGCAUUUGGCCAAGGUGAACAGGCGCGAUCCCUGGUCCUACACACGUCUCUAUGCCGAGGCUUUGAGAGAGGAGCAAGAGGAUGGGCAUUGCUGUAUUAUGGGCCAGUGAAGGGGCAACGUGCCAGCCAGCGACAGGGAGUGCUCCUCAUCACAUCGCUGUCUACUUCCCACCGCAUGUGAAAUGAGUCCCAUUCUUCAGUUCGUGUUUCUAGAUAUCACACUUUUCUUGGUACUCCAGAGCUAGGUGAGAAAUAAAAUCCCAUGCACAUCACCUCUAUAUCUGUUGUGUUUAGGUUACUCAGAAAUGGACUUGUGUGUUCUUUAUGCUUUUUGUACGUCUUGCUCCUUUUCGCAAAUUUGGCAUGGCUUGCACAUAUUAUUUGCAUAAUAUACUGAUCCCAUGCGUCUUUUCACUUUUGAGAUAUUGAUGGUUCUUUGUGAUGGCAGGAAUUUUGCUCUUCCUUUCUAAAUGCCAGCAUCAUUUGUAUUUUAUUGAGACAACUUGGAGAGCUUUCAUUUUAUUUUGAAGAAAAAUCAUAUGAAUUUCCUUGGCAAUGUGUAAGAAAUUUCCAAGUUAAAUGGAAUGCUGGAAUAGAUAAAAAUAUUUAUAUGUAUAAAAAUAUUUAUUUUUAGUUGUUUUCAUAAACUAUUAAAAUAUAUG